AUGGGGACUCAAACAAACAAAGAGCUUUUCUUGCAUGGAUUUGUAAAGCUUCUAAGAGAACAGCACGCCGAUUCUGCAAGAUCAGAGGUGUUUAAGACGAUAUUUGAAUCAGACAAUUUUAAGGCUUCGUCCAGGCUGGAAACAACCACUUUCUCAGAGCUGAAACAAGAAGAAUUAGAGGCUCUCGUUGAGUUCAUUUAUAGCGACGGCUCUAUGCUUUCUAAGAAAGGGAAGCAACACGUUUGGUCACUCUAUCGUGCAGCUGAAAAAUAUGAGAUUCCGCAUCUACUUGACCUGUGCAGAAACGAGCUUACAUCAUCUCUUUGCUCUUCGAAUGAUCUUCAAGUUCUUGUGCUUUCCCAAAUCCCAUCAGACAAAGCCGUCAGUGAUGCUGCGAUCAGCGUUAUCAAAGCCCAGAAAUAUACGAUUUCUAACUCUAAGGAGUUCGAGGGUUUCAUCGUCGAUCACCCAAGUCUUACCGUGGAGAUAAGGAAGGCUCUAAGAAUAUAUAUUUCUGGGAACAUUAGUGAAUUUUGUUUGACUGAAAACCUCUAAGAAUAUAUAUGUCUUUCAAGUAUGUUGCAAAAGCACAUAAUUUUUCUUGUUUUGAAACCAUCUUCACCAAUUGAGAAUAGUCUGUUGGAAAAGUCACAUCUAAGGUUCUUCUUACUUUCCAUUACCUAUAUGAGG